AGAGACAGAGCCAUCAUGAAGACUGUAAGGUUCCAGCUAGUGUUCUGUAUACAGGUUUUUGCCUCAUUUGUAGUAGGUAUACAAAGCCAGUGCCCCAGCCUGUGUCACUGUCACGGUGACCUUCAGCAUGUUAUUUGUGACAAUGUUGGCUUAAAGAAGAUUCCUCGCACCUCUGAGGCAACUCGUCUCCUCAACCUUCAGCGCAACAACCUGGGCAUGCUACCCACCGGGGGCUUCAGUGACAUGAAGGAGCUCAUCUCCCUGCAUCUGCAACACUGCCAAAUCCGGGAGGUCGCCAGUCAGGCCUUCAAAGGCCUCAAGAAGCUCAUUUAUCUGUACCUGUCUGACAAUGAGAUCAGCACCAUCAAAUCUGGAGCUUUUGAGGACUUAUCCGAGCUCACCUAUCUUUACCUGGAUGGUAAUCGCAUCUCAGGUCUUUCCAAGGGCAUCUUUUCCCCCAUGAUCAACCUAUUUAUUCUGCAGCUCGAUAACAACAAAAUCCGUGACCUGCAACCGGGCACUUUCACAGGUGCAAAGGACCUCCGCUGGCUGCACAUGAGCCGAAAUGAGCUAAGCAGCAUGCAGCCUGGCUCUCUUGAUGAAGUGGAGAACCUGGCCAUUCUUACCUUGGACCAAAACAAGCUCUCUACCUAUCCCAUCCUGGCCAUGAGCAAGCUACGUGUUGUUGAGGAACUUAAUUUAUCAAAGAACUCACUCAGCUUCAUCCCUGAUCAUGCGUUCCGGAGCUUUGGUCGCUAUAUGGAGAAACUGCAUCUCAAUGACAUGGGCCUGGAGAAGUUCUCCACUGCUGCUUUUGAAGGGGUGACUGCUCUGAAAUCUCUGCAUCUUGAGAACAACAAGCUGAAGACCCUACCAAGUAGUUUGGUUUUCACCACCAUCCAGAAUGUCACUCUGUUCAACAACCCAUGGAGCUGCACCUGCCAGUUAGCAAACCUUAGAAAGUGGAUGGACUCCAGUCGUCAUCAACCUGAUGCAGUUUGUGCAUCUCCUCCAAAUCAGAAGGGCAAACAGAUAAGAGACAGUACUGCUUUUAGUCGAUGCAAAGUGAAGCAAAAGAGAGCCAAGAAGGGAGCACGCCUUUGAAAAGGAGACUCACACAGACGCUUGUCCAGGUGACGGCUACGUGUGCAGAGAAGCAAUGGGAAGCAACGCUACUUCAGGAAUGUCCAUAUUUUUUAUUUCUUCUAAAUUCUUUGAAGUGUCACACAUUAAAUGUAUGCUCAAUAAAAUAAAAAGCAAAGAGA